GCUCGACCUAAUAUUAAUAUUAUCAUGAUUCUAAGAUAUUCCACUGUUUGAUACAUCCUAGGCACAAGUUGCAGCUGCCUGGCUGAGGUAAAGACAUCACCAAGAGAACCUAAGGAAAAUAUGUCUUGACCAUUCCUCUCCCAUGGCCCCCUUUCACCUAGCGUCAAAGGGGAUUUGAAGCUUCGAAAUUCAAGGCAUGCACUAUCAUUAGGCACCUUGAUUACUCUGGUCAUGUUUGUAGCCUCUGAUCAACAUAUAAAAUCCUGAUCGUACGCAAGCCUCGAGCAUUCUUCCUGCUCCACACAAACCAUCCCAUGAAACUUGAUAGCACUGUGAGAUUUUGACCCACUAAGACUCAUAUUAUAUCACCAUGGAUCAUCUAUUUGAUUCUGUACUCAAAACCAGUGGUACAUCUCCCACUCUGAAGCCUCCCGUUGCAACUAUGGCUGAAGACCUCUUAACUCCUAUGACACCUGCGCCAGGCUCAGCCAGCUCGCCAGCUAAGAGCGACUUUCCUGCUUGGUCUACCGCCAGCUCUCAGACUGGCACCCCUACCAUCAAACCAGGUGAAUAUCGGGUUUCGCCUUGGUCUGGCAAUAUGCCUAGUAAUUCUAGCAAUGCGACGCCUGCCAUCGAGAUCGGAGGGGCCGCACAAUUUGGCAAGCACGGCGACACCCCGACAGGAGGCUUUCCAGCCACGAAGACGCACGCAGAGAAAGAUAUUGACGACUGGGAGAUCCUCACCAAGGAAGGCGAUGCUGUCGACGACUACCAGAAUUUAGCUCUGGCAAAGACACCCUAUGGCCCUCCAUAUAGGCCUGACUCCCAUUUCGGAGGGAGACCCCCAGCUGCUCCCCAAGGCAUAUCUUAUCACCCCAUGUUCUCUGCCGCCGGAAUGGGGCGCGGCGGGCAACCUGGUAAUCCCCUCUUCGGCGCCUCUAAACCUAAAGUUGAGAUGCGAAAGGCCGGUCUUCCCGGCGCUCCGCCCAUCCCAGGCUUCCCAAUUUACCCUGAUAUCUUUGACAUGUCUAGAAAUAUCAAUCUGCUCAUGAACGAGCGCCAGGAACUCCGUGCGGAAAUCGCGAAGCUUGGCGGUUUGGUACAUAAAUCGGACGAUCAGCAACAAUUUUGUUUCCAAAACUAUCAGAUCGAGAUGGAUAAUAAAUUAGAAUCACACAAGAACGAAAUCAACUGGCUCAAGGACCUCGUCACAACUCCCUCCUCGAAGGGAGGGUUGCGCGAACUCACUAUCGGACUGGGCGAGAUUCAGCGAGAGCAGAACAGGAUCAAGUCGAUGGUCGACACGUAUACGAAUAGAAUAACAGAUACCAAGCCAUUGAUUGACGACCUAUUCGCCAAGCUGAAAACCUUUGAGCAACAGUUGCAGGCCAAGACCGACAACGCCGACAACGCCGACAAGGCUAGCGAUACCACGGACAACACCAAGAAGACCAGCAAGCCCAAGAAGAAAGCUAAGCCGAAUGUGGACCAAGAGCGGCUCAGAGCGACGGAGAACGACGUCGCUAACCUCAAUGAUGACAUGGAAGACUUGGUAGGGUGUAUGGAAGAACUGGAGGCUGAUUUUCACGGCAUGAAGAAGGAAGUUUUCGACCGGUUGUCACACUGUUUUAACCAUUGCCAACACGAAGCGGAGUGUGGCCUGGAUGGUCUAUAACAUGAAUAGACAUCGGUGGACGGAGUAGCGAUCUAGAUUGGGGUUACGUCUCUUACUUCGCAUAGGCUGAAGCGAGACGGCGAGAGAGUAGCGUAGUGGGAUUUCAGACUCGCUAUCGACUUAUUUAGUAGAGGUAGCAUAAUAAAGUUGCGUGCACACUAAGAACACCCGAGGUUUCGUGGAAUUUGUAUUAACUCUGUUUUUGGUCGUCUAUAUCGGU